GUGUAUGCUAGCAAAUGUGUACAGUUGAACACCCAGCCUUUCAAGUAUACUCCAUUUGAUGUUGAAUGCAAAGAGAGCUUUAUCUGUGUCCAGUUAAGUUAUGGUUGAUCAACUUUUUUUCACUUUUAUAAACCAAAGCUGAGUUACCUCAUACCUUUUUGCUCAGAUUGACAAGCACGCAUGGUAACAAAAAUAGAGUGGUGCAUGUACAGUACGCUUACACUGUUCUGAUGACACAAAUCACAUCACACACACUGCGCGCUGUUGAUUGUGUACAGGUUAAAAUUGAAGCAUACUUUGGCCUUUACAAUGUAUAAAAAUUCUAAUGUAUGUGUAAUGUUUAAUAUUAUUGUAAGUUGCUGAUGUUUUGAUGAUAGUAAUGUGAUUUUAUUUUUUUGUUUUUAGAUGCCUAAGCUGAAGAGAUUUAGAAUGCGGCGUGAGCCAUUCAACAACAAAAGUAAGGCAGAUGUUUCUAAUUCUGUUGCUUGUGUUUGUCCAGACGUGGUGGGCAUUGUAGCAGCCAAUGAGGUUAGACUGAAGUCUGCAGAGGUGACUGAGGAGUUUGUGGGAGUAGCUUGUAGUAUAGUUUCAGUUGUUAAGCACAAGCUACAUAAUGUGUGUACUUGGCGAAAAUCUGACAUUCAGGACAUACGUAGUGAGGGAAGUAAACUGGUCAAUGACAUGACUAGGUGUAAAAAAAAACCUGAGAGUUAUGGAGACUGUCGAUUUUCUCAGUGGUUUGGUGGGCAACAUGACAUUUUCAGUACAACAUGCAAAGUAACAAUAGAACGAUUAAUGAAUGGAGGAAAAAAUGACUUGUAUGAGAAAUUACAGGAGAUUUUGUUUAGUCAUGAAUCUUGUUUGGUCAACAUAAAAGAAGACACGUGUGCUAUUGUCAGACAUAAUGAUUUCUAUGUUGUUGUUGACUGUAAUGUCCGAAACGCAUGUGGUUUGGGAUCAGACAUUGGAACUGCAGUUGUUGUUUUCAACACAAAUUGGCAAGACCUAUUUUUGCACAUUGAUAAUUUAAUGACAAGUCUGAAUGCAGAAAACUUUAGUAUAUGUGGCAUCAAUGUCAACUUAUCAUUAUCAGAAAUGCCACAAGUUGUUUACAAUGAUACUGUUGGAGAAAACAGAGAAUGUACAGCAAAUGAAACUGAAGAAAUGUCAGCAUCUACAUUAAAUCAAAGAGAAGGUGUUAGCAUCCGUGGAUCAUUUCAUCAGGGUGACCGUAAGUUCAAGUGGCCAGGGAAACAGUGUGUUGCGAUUAGUUUGGCUGCUAUAGCGAUGCACAGUGUGCUUAGUGUGUUCUCAUGGCAAAGUAAAGAUCUAGAUAAUGUUGUAAAUACUGGCGAUAGCUUGUAUUCUAGUUUGCGUCAAAGUGGUUUAAUCAGUGAUCCAACAAAGAAAAAGUUGCUGUGUAUUCAAGAUCUUCCUAAAGAGUAUGUGUUUGGUACAACUGCAUUCAAAUUUGAAUAUGCUGAUUUUGUUUCUGGACAUGUAGAUGUGGUUGAUGGAGAUUUUAUUAGAUCUGGUGCAUGUGUGACAUUAGCUGAUGGUUUGCAAACAAUGUUUGAAAAAUAUGACACAUGCUUUUUUACCUUAAAUGGCAGUACUAUUGCCAUUAUUAAAGAAAAUAGUAGGUUUGCUGUGGUUGAUUCUCAUGCACGUAACAGUGCUGGAAUGGUUGAUGGUAAUGGAUUUAGUGUGGUUGUAUAUUAUAAUUCGCUAAAUUGUGUUUUGAAGCACAUUGAAAAUUUGUCUGCAUUUACUCGAAGAAACCUGAAGAUUUUUGAAAUAAGUGGGGUCUGUGUCCUACUUAAAAGCCAAGACAAAUCUGAUAGUCAUACAGAAAGCAUAAAUGAUGAAAGUGAAAAAAUUACCUGCAAGGGUAAAAAAAGAAUGCAUGAUUGUAUAAAUGUGAAUGUGGAAGAAGAAAAAGAAAUUUUGGUUACUAAACCGAAGAGAUUUAAAAUACAGAGUGAGCCAUUCAACAACAAAAGUAAGGCAGAUGUUUCUAAUUCUGUUGCUUGUGCUUGUCCAGACGUGGUGGGCAUUGUAGCAGCCAAUGAGGUUAGACUGAAGUCUGCAGAGGUGACUGAGGAGUUUGUGGGAGUAGCUUGUAGUAUAGUUUCAGUUGUUAAGCACAAGCUACAUAAUGUGUGUACUUGGCGAAAAUCUGACAUUCAGGACAUACGUAGUGAGGGAAGUAAACUGGUCAAUGACAUGACUAGGUGUAAAAAAAACACUGAGAGUUAUGGAGACUGUCGAUUUUCUCAGUGGUUUGGUGGGCAACAUGACAUUUUCAGUAAAACAUGCAAAGUAACAAUAGAACGAUUAAUGAAUGGAGGAAAAAAUGACUUGUAUGAGAAAUUACAGGAGAUUUUGUUUAGUCAUGAAUCUUGUUUGGUCAACAUAAAAGGAGACACGUGUGCUAUUGUCAGACAUAAUGAUUUCUAUGUUGUUGUUGACUGUAAUGUCCGAAACGCAUGUGGUUUGGGAUCAGACAUUGGAACUGCAGUUGUUGUUUUCAACACAAAUUGGCAUGACCUAUUUUUGCACAUUGAUAAUUUAAUGACAAGUCUGAAUGCAGAAAACUUUAGUAUAUGUGGCAUUAAUGUCAAAUUUACGUCAUCAGAUACACCACGAUUAGUUUACAAUGAUACUGUUGGAGAAAAGAGUGUAUGUACACCAAAUGAGACAGAAGAGAUCUCAGCUUCUACAAUAAAGCAAAGAGAAAGUGUUAGUAGCAUUCUUGGAUCAUUUCAUCAGGGUGACCGUAAGUUCAAGUGGCCAGGGAAACAGUGUGUUGCGAUUAGUUUGGCUGCUAUAGCGAUGCACAGUGUACAUAGUGUGUUCUCAUGGCAAAGUAAAGAUCUAGAUAAUGUUGUAAAUACUGGCGAUAGCUUGUAUUCUAGUUUGCGUCAAAGUGGUUUAAUCAGUGAUCCAACAAAGAAAAACUUGCUGUGUAUACAAGAUCUUCCUAAAGAGUAUGUUUUUGGUACAAAUGCAUUCAAAUUUGAAUAUGCUGAUUUUGUUUCUGGACAUGUAGAUGUGGUUGAUGGAGAUUUUAUUAGAUCUGGUGCAUGUGUGACAUUAGCUGAUGGUUUGCAAACAAUGUUUGAAAAAUAUGACACAUGCUUUUUUACCUUAAAUGGCAGUACUUUUGCCAUCAUUAAGGGAAAUUGUAAAUUUGCUGUGGUUGAUUCUCAUGCACGUAACAGUGCUGGGAUGGUUGAUGGUAAUGGAUUUAGUGUGGCUGUAUAUUACAAUUCACUUAGUUGUGUUUUGAAGCACAUUGAAAAUUUGUCUGUAUUCACUAGAAGAAACCAAAACAUUUUUGAAAUAAGUGGGGUCUGUGUCCUACUUAAAAGCCAAGAAAACUCUGCUAGUCACACAGAAAACAUAAAUGACGAAAGUGAAAAAACGACCCGCAGGGGUAAAAAAAGAAUGCAUGAUUGUAUAAAUGUGAAUGUGGAAGAAGAGAAAGAAACUGUGGUUACUAAGAAGCCAAAACAAUCAAUAAAGGAGAGCGCUAAAGUACUUGAAACAAUUUCCAAAAUUGAUGCAAAUUCAGAUGAUGUAGUUUGUUUGGGCAAUGAGACAAAUAGGAUUUUUAAUUUCAAUCCACUCUGUACUGAAGUAAAGCAAAAAUUAAGUAGUAAACUAAAUAUAGAGUUUAAUAGUGAAAAUUUAGGUUUUCCAAGAAACAACAGAAAAAUUGGCCAUCCUUGUAAAACAGUUAGUAUUGUAGGUGAUGGAAGUUGUUUUUUUAGGGCAGUGGCACAAGUAAUAUGUGGUACGCAAAAACCUCAUCGGGCAGUUAGACUUGCAGUUGUGAAACAUAUGGAAUUGCACAGUGUGCAAUAUAAGAAUCUUUUAAGAUGUCAGUAUGUAUCUAUGGAAGAUUAUUUAUCUAAAUCCAAAAUGAGGUUUGUAGGAUCAUGGGCCACAGAAUUGGAGAUUCAAGCGAUGGCUAAUUAUUUGGGAGUGGAUAUUUAUACAUAUCAUAAUGAAAAAUGGUUACAGUACAGUUGUAUGCAUGAAAGAACGUGCAAUCAAGGUAUAUAUCUACAGCACUGUAAUGAGAAUCAUUAUGAAGUUGUUAUUUGUGUGAAACAACCUAAUAGCCAGAUGUGUUAUAUGCUGUGCCAGAAUGAAGAAAGUGAUGUUGGAAAACACAUUUGUACCAGACAGCGAGUAAAAAUUCAAAGUGAAAUUUCUGUGAAUCAUAAGGAACAAAAUCCUGUUACUGGAGAUAUAAAGAAUGAUGCAUCUGCUAAUAAGAGGAAAUACUUGAAAAGGUAUUUUUCAUUAAAAAGAGUAAAGAACAAAAUUAAAGGCCAAAUUAAGCAACCUGUUUUGGAGAAGUAUCAUUGCAAUGCAGAGUUUCAGAAUCAUAUGAAAAAUCUCAAUAGGAAAAGAUAUCACAGCAAUCCUUUAUAUAAAGAGUCAUUAAAACAGGCAAGUAAGAUCAAAUAUGCUGAAAACCAGCAACAUAAGUGUAAAGUCAAUGAGUACAAUCGAGUGAAGUAUAAAAAGAAUGAGCAAUAUAAAAUGAGAGUGAGGAAAUAUAGUAGGAUAAAAUACCAGAACAAUGUUCAAUUUAAAAACAGAGUGAAAACAUUCAGUAAGGUGAAAUAUCAUGUCAAUGAUGAAUUUAAAAACAGAGUGAAAACAUUCAGUAAGGUGAAAUAUCAUGUCAAUGAUGAAUUUAAAAACAGAGUGAAAACAUUCAGUAAGGUGAAAUAUCAUGUCAAUGAUGAAUUUAAAAACAGAGUGAAGACAUUCAGUAGGGUGAAAUAUCAUGUCAAUGAGGGAUUUAAAAAUAGAAUGAAAACAUUCAGUAGGGUGAAAUACCAUGGCAAUGACCAGCAUAGAAACACUGUCAAGCAGCGCAGUAACGUAAAAUAUCGUAAUAGUGCAUCACAUAAAGAAAAUGUAAAAAGAAUUAACAAGAUGAAAAGAGAACAAUUAAGACAAAAUCAGAAGAUUUGUGAUUUUGUCAAAAAGACGUUUCUAGAUAAAGUUAGUUCUGGGCCAGAAUUUGUUUGUUGUGUUUGCCACCGGCUGUUAUUUAAACAGCAAGUAUUAUGCUGUAAAACAGAAAAUUAUAACACAAAUUCAGCAGUGUCACAGAUGGCAAAAAAAUGUAUUACAAAACAUUUUUUGCAUAAGUGUGGUGAAAAUUGUGUUAUUCCCUGUGAACUGGCAGAUUCAUGUAAAGGCAAGCUUUGGAUUUGCUUCACUUGUCAUACUAAAGUAAAAAAAGGAGAAAUGCCAGCUGAAAGUGCAGUUAACAAUUUAGAAUUGAAACCUAUACCUGAAGAACUAAGUUGUCUCAAUAAUUUAGAGCAACAUUUGAUAGCUUUGCAUAUCCCAUUCAUGAAAAUGUUAGCUUUACCAAAAGGUGGGCAAAAUGGAGUGCACGGUCCUAUUAGUUGCGUGGCAGCUGAUAUUAAACAAACAACAAAUGUUUUGCCUAGAACAGAAAAUGAAGGGUCUUUAAUUUGUGUAAAGUUAAAGCGGAAGUUGACAUAUAAAGGUCAUUAUAAGUAUCAGUAUGUGGACACAACAAAUAUUAAACAGGCACUCAGUUGCUUAAAAAAAAUCAACAAAUACUAUACAGAUAUUGUUUUUAAUGAUAAUUGGUUAAAUGAGUUUAUUAGACAAGAUGAUGAUGACGAUACAAACAACAUGGAGGAGACUGAACUGGAAAACACAAAUGUUGAUGAGGAGUUACACGAUAGGCAACAGCACUGUGUGUUUAUGGACACUUGUUUGCAACCUGUAGAUAUUGGACAAGAAGUACUUGAUCAGUAUUUUGAUGGAAUCUUGAGCCUGGCUCCUGCCGAAGGGAAUAAUCCAGUGAAAAUGCUUGCAGAUGAGACAAAUGAAGCUAAAUGUUUUCCUGUUUUGUUUCCUAAUGGUACUUCAACUUUUUGUGAUAAAAGGGCACAGAGAUUAACAUUGUCUCGAUAUUUUAAUAAUCGAAUUUUGCAUGCAGAUGGUAGAUUUGCACAAAAUAUUGAAUACAUUUUUUAUGCACAGUAUCUAUCAGAAAUACAACAGGUACUGUCUAAUGUAUCUAUUGCUUUAAGAAAAGGCCAUGGAUGUAGUAAGUCCAUACCAAGUGAAAUGUUCAAAGAUACUGAGUCCUUGAGGCAAGUGCUUAAUUAUGAUGAAGGCUAUAGAUUUUUGAAGCCCAUCCGUGGCACUCCGGCAUUUUGGCAAGGUGUGCAAAAAGAUUUGUUUGCCAUGGUCAGACAACUUGGCAUUCCCACCUGGUUUUGCUCCUUCUCAUCUGCUGAUAUGAGAUGGACAAAUCUAAUGUCAAGUAUUUUAAAACAUGAAGGAAGAAAAACAGCAUUAGAACAAUUACAAUGGGAUGAAAAAUGUGAACUUUUGCGUCGUAAUCCUGUAACAGCAGCUCGCAUGUUUGAUUUUAGGUGGCAUUGUUUUUUAAAAGAGAUGCUUAUGUCUCCUGUUCAGCCCAUAGGGGAAAUUGUGGACUACUUUUAUAGGGUGGAAUUUCAACAACGUGGUUCUCCCCAUGUCCAUUGCUUGUUCUGGAUAAAAAAUGCUUAACUUAAGUUCUGGUUGUUUGGUGAAAGAAGAUGCUUUGUUUUGUCCAUUGUAUUAUAAAUGUCCACAUUACCGAAUGAGAACAUUAUUGGGUUGCCAUUUAAUUCGUAUGUGCUCCUCUUUAUCAGUUAAAUUAAGUUCUGGUUGCUUGGUGAAAGAAAAAAGGAACAUGAUGAAAGAGCUUAUCUCUUAUCUUCUGUAUCCUUGGUAAGCCAGUAUCAGAACUUUGUUGUAUUUAGGUGUCCAUAUUACUGUAUGAAAACAUUACUAGUAUAAGAAUCCCAUAAAAAAAAGAAGAAAAAAAAAAAGAAAAGAAAAUUGGUGUUUUUGUCCUCUGUAUUAUAAAUGUCCACAUUAAAGCAUGAGAACAUUACUGGGUUGCUAUUUCAUUCUUAUGUGUUCCUCUUUAUCGAUUAACUUAAGUUCUGGUUGUCUGGUGAAAGAAAAAAGGAACAUGAUGAAAGAGCUUAUCUCUUAUCUUCUGUAUCCUUGGUAAGCCAGUAUCAGGACUUUGUUGUAUUUUAAGUGACCACAUUACUGUAUGAAAACAUUACUAGUAUAAGAAUCCCACUCCAAAAAAAAAAAAAAAAAAAACAUAAAAAAAACAAGUGCUUUGUUUUGUCCAUUGUAUUAUAAAUGUCCACAUUACCGGAUGAGAACAUUACUGGGUUGCUAUUUCAUUCUUAUGUGUUCCUCUUUAUUGAUUAACUUAAGUUCUGGUUGUCUGGUGAAAGAAAAAAGGAACAUGAUGAAAGAGCUUCUCUCUUAUCUUCUGUAUCCUUGGUAAGCCAGUAUCAGAACUUUGUUGUAUUUUAAGUGACCACAUUACUGUAUGAAAACAUUACUAGUAUAAGAAUCCCACUCCAAAAAAAAAAAAAAAACUUAAAAAAAAACAGUGCUUUGUUUUGUCCAUUGUAUUAUAAAUGUCCACAUUACCGGAUGAGAACAUUAUUGGGUUGCCAUUUAAUUCUUAUGUGCUCCUCUUUAUCGAUUAACUUAAGUUCUGGUUGUUUGGUGAAAGAAGAUGCUUUGUUUUGUCCAUUGUAUUAUAAAUGUCCACAUUACCGAAUGAGAACAUUAUUGGGUUGCCAUUUAAUUCGUAUGUGCUCCUCUUUAUCAGUUAAAUUAAGUUCUGGUUGCUUGGUGAAAGAAAAAAGGAACAUGAUGAAAGAGCUUAUCUCUUAUCUUCUGUAUCCUUGGUAAGCCAGUAUCAGAACUUUGUUGUAUUUAGGUGUCCAUAUUACUGUAUGAAAACAUUACUAGUAUAAGAAUCCCACUCCAGAAAAAUAAAAAAUAAUAAAAAAAUGUGUAAUCAUGUUAAAUCAACAACAAAAAAGGUUUUAUUUUUCUUGCAUUGCAACAGCAUAUGUUAAAGUGUAAAUACACAUAUGUAAAAUAUAAAAUAAGUAACACUUGGUAAGCAGCAAUUGCAGGUGUAAAUAGUUUAAUAUAUUGUAUCAAACCAACUUUUUAUAAUUAAACAUAAAUGCAUUUGAAUAAAGUCAUUAUUGUAAAAAGGUAAUAUGGUUAUUGUGAUUCUUAAUUCUAAAAGGCUGUAAUUAAAUUCAUAUUAAUGCAAAUGUACAUUUAGCUUGCCAGCCCCGUCUGAUGUUGGUUUGGUCCACAAAUGCUUGCAGUUGCAUAUUUAUUUAUUUAUGGAAGAAGGGGAAUAAAAUCCUUAAUAAAAUCCUUAGCUUUGUGUCUAUAAAGGGUUAUAUAGCAGUAUAUCUAAUAGCUAUGUAAAAAAAAACAAAAAACAUUUUAAAUGAACAUGCUGUUGCUAAUGCAAGUUUUUGCUUUCCCUUUAAUCUAAAUAAUAAC